GUGGUUUCAAUUCCGACGAGUUCUGAGCUCUUACAUCCUUGUAGGCAACUGACAGAACCACAGCACGACAGGAUGAUUCUAGGCCUGACCAGGUUGCUCGACGCCCUGCUAGGCAGCAGAGCAGAGGAGCUUGCCCUCAUGGAAGCGCAUGGAGUCGCCACCCCUCAGCCGUUCUCGCGCGCCGACCCGCCCUUCGACGUGAUCCUCGACGAAAUGGCUGGGUACCUCGGCGUCGCGACUGCGGCGGCCGGACGGAUGACCUGCCGCGCCUGGUGCACGGCUCUCGGCCGCACACAGACUAUGGCACAGCUCGUGCAGCGCGAGGCGACGGCGUGCGGGCGCGCGCCACCGCUCGGGUUUGCGGAGUCGCUCGCGCGCAACGACGGCGCGCACCACGCGUGGCGCCUCGCGCGGGCCGCGCUGCGCCGGCGCAAGCUGGUCGUCGGCGAGCGCUGGGCCCCCCAAGCCGUGCGUUCGAUGCGGGCCGUUCGUGACCUCGUCGCGGGAAAUUUUACGAACCGCGAGCGGUGGGCGGGCACGCAGUUUCUCCUUCUUAACGAGAGUGACGUGCCACUCUACGUUCACUGGAUUAACUUUGACGGUGAAAUCGAGGUCCGCCCGGGCGAUCGAGUUGAGCCGCGCCCGGCACCGUUCACGCGAGGUGGUUACUUGCUCGGAGCCGCCUACAGCGUACCCGCGGGCGUCUUCUAUCACACCUCUAUCGUUUCUCAUGCGUUUGCGAUAUGUCUGGAGGCCGGCGGCCCUCCCAUAGCCUGUUACCAACAGCGCCGGUCCUAUCUGCCGUUUAGCUUUGGCCGAACGUGGAUCAUCUCUCACGUCCACGGCGUCGCCGUGAGACGCGGCGCGGAUGGGCAGCUCGAGGUCCACGAACUGGCCUGCGUGGACCGGAAGCUCCUCCGGUCAGCGCCCGCGGACGCGCAGACGCGGGUGUCCUUCGACCACAUCUACGUCGCGCCGACGGCGGAACCGAUGCGCCGGAUCCGCGUGGAGCCGCUGCACGUGCGCGUUCCGCCGCGGGACGCGGACGAUUUCGCCUGGUCGACGGAAAUCGAGACCGACCUGACUCCCUGUGCGCUGGCCGACUUGGUCGCCGGCAUCAUACUUCCGACGGACCGGCGCGAAUGGCUGGCGCAGAGCCAAAAUCCGUGGGAGGCCUUCCAGGAUUUGCGGCCCACGCAACACGGGUGUCCGAUUUCGUAUUCUUAUGCUGACGCUGGCCUCAUUGGACAGAUGCUCUGGGAGAUGAUCUGGCGACACUAUGACGCCGGGAACUCGCCGCCGCGGCCUGCCGGUCCCCGCUACGCGUUCGAAGCGCAGUAG